CCCAGGGCCGGAGCCGACCCACUGGAAUCCCCCGACGCCCCCCAGCUGGUGCUGCCCGCCAACAUCGGAGACAUUGAGGUGCUCAACCUGGGGAACAACGGCCUGGAGGAGGUGCCGGACGGCCUAGGGUCAGCGCUGGGCAGCCUUCGCGUCUUGAUCCUGCGCAGGAACCGCUUCGCCCGGUUGCCCCCUGCGGUGGCUGAGCUUGGCCACCACCUCACCGAACUUGACCUGAGUCACAACCGGCUAACCGCCCUGGGCACGGAGGUUGUGAGUGCCCUAAGGGAGCUGCGCAAGCUCAACCUCAGCCACAACCAGCUGCCCUGCCUGCCCACCCAGCUGGGAGCCCUCGCCCACCUGGAGGAGCUGGACGUCAGCUUCAACCGGCUGGCGCACCUCCCUGACUCCCUCUCCUGCCUCCACCGCCUGCGUACCCUCGACGUGGACCACAACCAGCUCACUGCCUUUCCUCGGCAGCUGCUGCAGCUAGCGGCCCUGGAGGAGCUGGACGUGUCCAGCAACCGGCUGCGAGGCCUACCUGAGGAUAUCAGUGCCCUGCGUGCCCUCAAGAUCCUCUGGCUGAGUGGGGCUGAGCUGGGCACCCUGCCCAAUGGCUUCUGCCAGCUGACCAGUUUGGAGAGCCUCAUGCUAGACAACAACGGGCUGCAGGCUCUGCCUGAACAGUUCAGCCACCUUCAGCGGCUCAAAAUGCUCAACCUCUCUUCCAAUCUCUUUGAGGAGUUCCCUGCUGCGCUGCUGCCCCUGGCUGGUAUGGAGGAGCUCUACCUUAGUCGAAACCAGCUCACCUCAGUGCCAUCUCUUAUCUCGGGGCUGGGCCGGCUUCUUACUUUGUGGCUGGAUAAUAACCGCAUCCGCUACCUGCCAGACUCCAUUGUGGAGCUGACUGGGCUGGAGGAGCUGGUGUUGCAAGGGAACCAGAUCGCUGUGCUGCCUGACAACUUUGGCCAGCUCUCCCGGGUGGGCCUGUGGAAGAUCAAGGACAACCCACUGAUCCAGCCACCCUACGAGGUCUGCAUGAAGGGGAUCCCCUACAUUGCCGCCUACCAGAAGGAGCUGGCUCAUUCACAGCCUGCAGUGCAGCCACGCCUCAAGCUGCUCCUCAUGGGCCACAAGGCUUCAGGGAAGACCUUGCUCCGGCACUGUCUCACGGAGGAGAGGGUAGGGGGAAGCCAAGGAGGAGCGGACAAGGAGAAGAGUUACUCACCUUCUCCUCCCCCUGGGAGCAAGGGCAUCGAGGUGACUAGCUGGACUGCCGAUGCUUCCCGGGGCCUGCGGUUCAUCGUGUAUGACUUAGCUGGUGAUGAAAGUUAUGAAGUGAUCCAGCCCUUUUUCCUCUCCCCAGGGGCCCUGUAUGUGCUGGUGGUCAACUUGGCCACCUAUGAACCAUGCUUCUUUCCCACCACUGUGGGCUCCUUCUUGCAUCGGGUAGGGGCUCGGGUGCCUCAUGCUGUGGUGUGCAUUGUGGGCACACACGCUGACCUGUGUGCAGAGCGGGAGCUGGAGGAGAAGUGUCUGGACAUUCACCGCCAGAUUGCACUGCAGGAGAAGCACGAUGCAGAGGGCCUGAACCGUCUAGCCCAGGUGGUGGAUGAGGCCUUGGCCCGGGAUUUCGAGUUGCGCUCUGCCAGCCCCCAUGCAGCCUACUAUGGUGUUUCAGACAAGAACCUUCGGCGGCGUAAGGCUCAUUUUCAGUACCUGCUUAACCACCGGCUGCAGAUCCUCUCACCCGUGUUGCCUGUUAGCUGCUGGGAUCCCCGCCUAUUGCAACGUCUUCGGGACAAGCUGCUCUCAGUAGCUGAGCACCGAGAAAUCUUCCCCAACUUACACAGAGUUCUGCCUCGGUCCUGGCAGGUGCUGGAGGAACUGCAUUUCCAGCCCCCGCAGGCACAACGACUUUGGCUAAGCUGGUGGGACUCAGCGCGCCUGGGCCUCCAGGCGGGUCUGACCGAGGACCGGCUGCAGAGUGCUCUUUCUUAUUUGCAUGAGAGCGGCAAGCUGCUCUACUUUGAGGACAGCCCGGCUCUCAAGGAGCACGUCUUCCACAACCUCACCCGCCUCAUCGACAUCCUCAAUGUCUUUUUCCAGAGGGAUGCUUCCUUGCUGCUGCAUAAACUACUCCUGGGGACCAAUGGAGAGGGUGAGGCUGAGGGGGAAAGUUUCCCUGCUAUGGCGCUGCCCACCCCGAACCAGGAUGUGCUCCGGGCCACCCAGCUUCAUCAUUAUGUGGAGGGCUUUCUGCUGCAUGGGCUCCUGCCAGCCCAUGUCAUUCGGUUGCUGCUCAAGCCUCAUGUCCAGGCCCAACAGGACCUGCAGCUGCUGCUGGAGCUGCUAGAGAAGAUGGGACUCUGUUACUGUCUCAAUAAACCCAAGGGCAAGCCUUUGAAUGGCUCAACAGCUUGGUACAAGUUCCCAUGCUAUGUGCAAAAUGAGGUGCCCCAUGCAGAGGCCUGGAUUAAUGGGACCAACCUAGCUGGCCAGUCUUUUGUGGCUGAGCAGUUACAGAUCGAAUAUAGUUUCCCCUUUACCUUUCCACCUGGGUUGUUUGCACGCUACAGUGUCCAGAUAAACAGCCAUGUGGUGCACAGGUCGGAUGGUAAAUUUCAGAUCUUUGCAUAUAGAGGGAAAGUUCCUGUGGUGGUGAGUUACAGACCUGCCAAGGGGGUCCUACAGCCAGACACUCUGUCUAUUGCUAGCCAUGCAUCAUUACCAAAUAUAUGGACCGCAUGGCAAGCCAUCACCCCAUUGGUAGAGGAACUGAAUGUCUUGCUUCAGGAAUGGCCUGGACUGCACUACACUGUGCACAUCCUCUGUUCUAAGUGCCUUAAGAGAGGAUCGCCCAAUCCACACGCUUUCCCAGGGGAGUUGCUGAGCCAGCCUAGGCCAGAAGGAGUGGCAGAGAUCAUUUGCCCCAAGAAUGGCAGCGAGAGAGUCAAUGUGGCCUUGGUUUACCCACCUACACCGACUGUGAUCAGCCCCUGUUCCAAGAAGAAUGUUGGUGAAAAGCACAGAAACCAGUGACUUUUCUGGGUGUAGGCUUUCCAUGAAGAAAACAGAGCAGUGGAGCCCACUGGGACCAUCUUCUGUACGUGGCACGCCCUCCAGGUCCCGAGCAUGCGCGGUGAGCCCAGUGACGAUGCACCCCGGCUGCUCUGAGACCACGUUGAGGGGCACAGGAAGGAUGGGAGAGAACAUGGAGCAAACGUUUCACAAACUGAACCUCAGAACUGUGAUCCUAUAAGGAGAGCGCUACUUGAAGAAGAGUCGAAUGGCUUCUCAGGGAUUUUGUUUUCUGUGCACAUACAAGCCAUAGUUACAGUUCAGGAGGCAGUAUUUAGGGCACUUCGGUUUCAGUUCUGUUUAAUGUGAAAGAGGGAUCGACUGACGUUCAUUGCUGUUCCGUAACUAGUGUAAGAUAUGUAUAUGUUUAUCUUUAUUUUUAUAAUAUGCAAAUACCUUUAAAUUUAUACAGUUUGAAGCUUCUAGCAUCAGUUAACACUGGGUGCAAUAUUUUGCUUGAGAACUGUGCCAAGAUGGGGCUGAUUUCUUAUUUUAGUGUAAGACACUUUUUAUUCUUUCUUUAUUCUUUAAUCUGCCUUCUGAGUUUAAAAAGACAAAAGAUAACAGUCAGCCCAUGGAUUUAAUGUUGAUUCAUAGAGGUUGCCAGUAAUCAGCAAGAUCCUUCUACAUGUGCGUCAUGUGCCCCUCCAGUCUCUCUCUGAAGGGUCCUGCCUGUAAGUUAGUGGACAUAAUGGCAGGAUUAUUUCCAUUUUAUCCCCACAUAUCAUUAGUGUGAGACAAAGACAGGGCACUUUUGGGGGCCACAGGGGACAAAAAGUUCAUGAAAAACCCAAGUCUGAAUACUGAUGAUAAUCGAAAGUCAAUUCUGAGUCAUGCUGGGCGCUCUGCUAAUACGUACUUUUCCUUUCUAGAACAGAAUGCUUUGUGAACCCUCCAUGCCUAGCUGUGGAACCUUCAGGUAGAAAGCUGCCUGGGGGGGGAGCCCAGUCCCACACUGGCCAUUUAUUCAUACAGAAUCUCUUAUUACACAAUUUAUUGCCAAGAACUGGUAAAACCCCUGUUUUGAAAUCUUCGGGAAGUAAAACUUAAAAAGCAAAUCCAACAAAUUGUUCUUCAUUCUCCUACUUGAGGCUAAACAGCAUCUGCUGUAGAAGUAACACAUUCUUUGAAGAAUGUGAAGACUGUUUACAUCUGCCUCCUCUACAUGUAGAUAGAAAAUAUGCAAGACCAACAAUUUCUCACCAGUGUGAAACAAGAAAAGGGACACUACUGGUAUUACUCUUUCACUUCAUUACAAAAUAUUGACUCUUGGAAUGCCACAAGACACAAAGUCUCCACCUAUUUUUAAAAUAAUAUAAAUGGAUGGAUUUUGAGAACUCUCAGUUGAUUUUUGUUGAAUACUUUGUGCCCCAGGAGUUAACUUCACUAAUUCGAGUCCCAGUUACACGAGUAUGAUUUCCUAUGUCCUUAAAAUCACAUGGGAUCAGACUAUUUUUCUGUUUUUAAUACUUGAAUAUGACCCUCUAGUUUGAGAUUUCAUCUUCCUUUUAGCACACAGUCACAAGGUUAAUCUGGUUAAUCCUUUUGUCACAGUUCUCGUGAGUGUGUGUGUGUGUGUGUGUAUGUGUGUAAGUCUAAAUGGAAACUGAAUGUUAACAUUUAAUUGCUUUAUGGACCACUGAAUUGUUAGGCAAUAAGAAUUUUUUAAUCGGCAUGAGACAGUUCCUUACAUCAACCAGUUCUGACCAGUCUUUGGACAAAGGCAUUCAAAUGGUGGCUUUGGGCUCCCUCCUUGAAGACCAUAUUAAAUGAAAUUAUGCCCCUUUGGGUGAUAUAUCCUGCAAAGUGUUUGCUAUUUUUUCACAUGUGAUGUUUUGUGCUGUCAUCUGAACCCUGGAGAAGCAGUGUAAGAGGUAAGCUUGGUGUCGAGUGUGUUUUGACAUAAGGGUGGGCAUGAUAGAGGGUCCUGUGACCACAGUAAGCUCUGGAAAAGCAUGGGGAGAGAGUGGAGAAACAGAAAUACUCUUCUCUGAAGCAGUUUUUGCCAUCUAUGUAGGAAAUUCCAUUUUCUCUUUCAACCUCCGAGAAGACUCAACAACCAGCUAGCUGAGGCUGACAAGCAGUUCACUAAGCACAAGAAGAAUUUUUUACCGGCCAAGGAGUCCCUUGCCUCUCAAACAAAUGCCCUCCAAGUUUGUUAUGGUUUCUAUUCCUGCAACUAGUGGUGUAAAAGCCACUUCCUAGAAUUGUAAAAGUGCUGCCCAGAAUAAAUGUUUUCCCCCCUUCUAAGAAAAAAAGCAAAUGACAGUGAUCAUAUUUGAUGCUUGUGCAUUGGACUCUUUUUUUGAAUGAAUAAAGAGGAAAGGGACUGAUGUGAUUCCUGAUGGUGUGUGUUUUUUUGUGCCACAAUCUGUGAAUUGUAAUUGUAGUUUCCCAGUUUGUUGUCAUAACCAGACUUUUUUAAAAAAGAAAAAAAUUCAAUAAAAAUGCAAGAAAUGG